AUGCGCCACUUCGACACCUGGGUCCUCCGUGACCCUUACUCCAUCUGGCACUACUAUCCAACCGGCCAUCGCUGGCGGGACACCGUCCGCGAUUUAAUCCAAUCGCGGGCAAUCUGCUCUCCAGAGAACACCCUCCACCCACCUAUAGACUGGAGGAAUCCAUCACCAACCCAAUUCCAACCUCAACAAUCUCCUCUCCUCCGUCUUCCCCCCGAACUCCGCCAAAUAAUCUGGUCUUACGUCCUCACCAACUCCCCAGCCCCGAACACCCAAACCCCCCAAACCAUCCACUUAGUCCAGCUAAAAGGCAAAAUUCGCCAUGUCCGCUGUCCAACCCCAGUCCAAACCCCUCACCAACACUCCCAUCAAAGCCAACCCAAUAAGCACCAAUCAAAUCACCCAAUUCAACCAAACCUCUCCUUAACCCAAAACCGCCAUUGCUGCCCCACAACCCCAGCUCGCUGGCGUAUCUACGACGGCCGAGUCCCAGGCCACAGUGAUAGACUCCUCUAUCCACAUACUCACUCUCAUCUUCCUUCAACUCUAAGUAACAGCAAUACUGCUCUGCUGCGCGUUUGUCGAGGUAUCUACUUCGAAGCAGAGGCAAUUCUAUACAAAGCCUCGCACUUCGACGUCGACGAUCUAUACACUUUCAUUGCAUUCGCAGCUUCCCUGUCGCCUACUGCCCGGAAUGCCAUUUCACGAUUGACGGUCCAGUGGAUGCCGAUCUGGGUGCCCAUGGCUGGGUUGGAUCAUAAGGGAUCAAUCUAUGCGCAUACGCAUAGUGAUGCGUUGUGGGUUCGGUUUUGGGAUGUUGUCGCUUCGUUGGAGGGAUUACGGACGUUAGGGUUGAGUUUGGAUUUAGGGAGGUUUACCAGUGUUGUUGGGAAUACUGGUGAGGCGAUUGUUUCGGGUCAGAGGAUUCCGUUUGGGAUCAAGGAGGGGUGGGUACAGCCUAUUCUUGGGGUUAGGGGGUUGGAUGGGUUUGAUUUGGCAGUUACGGCUAGAUGUGAUCUUCUUGCUAAGGGGGUUGUCGAGGGGGAAUUGAUUAGGGAUGUUGGGCUUUUGAGGGAGGAGUUGAGGGGGAUAUUGUGUGGGCCGAGUGAGAGGAGUGGGUUUGGGAGGAUGGUGAAGGGGAUGGAUAUGGAUGAGAGGAAGAGGAGGGGAAUUAGGUUGGCUAUUACUGCUGCUUGA